CCGAACUUCUUACACUUUGACGGUGCAUAAGCCUGGGAUGCCUUUUCGCCCCCCGUUCCCCCUUUAGCCCGAUUUGCUGGACAGUCGCUGUCAGUCUGCAAUGCUAGUCGCUUUGCCACCCAUUUCGCGAGUCAAGUGCCCGCGAAUUGCGUCGUGCAGAUAGUGUCUCUGACGUGGCAUACCCUUCGCUCACAAAUGGCCUAUUGAUUGACAAGGAGCCGUCAAUGUCUAUCACCGAGACCAGGGAAGAUACGACCUCGAGCAUUGCAAUCUUCCCAUGCAGCUUCCAGAGCCAUCUAUUUGUGCGUUUCAGACCCUGCUUGAAAUCAAUACCGUGGUUUCCAUCACAAUUGAUUUGUUCCAACACCUGCUUGUCAUUUUGUCUAUGUGCAUCGGCGGCUGAACCUGAGCUCCCAAGCUUCGAAAUGAUCCGCAGCAGCAGUCCAGGCGCUGUGGGCUGUCUGGCCCUUAGCUUGCUUCUGCAAUGCUUGAUGACUGGCGGAAGGAAUAAAGGUAGGUUGCGAACAACGAGAAACAGACAAUGCUCAAUAUUGUAAAUGGUCUCGAACGUUGGGCGUAGUCAGGUGAUCAACGAUACCUCUUGACUAUAUCUAUAUCACCACCUAUCAC